CGAUGUUUCGAUAUGCACCUUUGCGUGAUUCAUAGGACAAAAGGAAAUUAAAGCAUUAAAAAUUUUUGCGCGUCGUAGUCGACCAUUAUUCCAAGUUCUAAAAAUGUUCAACAACAUAUUCGGCAAGAAACCCACGGUCAAGGAGCAGCAGCGCGAAAAUGACAGAUCAUUGAAGAAGGCCACGCGCGACAUUGAACGCGAGCGUCGCAAAUUGGAGGAGGAGGAGAAAAAACUGGAGGCUGACAUCAAACGCAACGCAGCUGCUCGAAAUAACGACGCUUGUCGCAUUCUGGCCAAGCAGCUGGUGGAGAUACGGAAGCAGAAGUCGCGCAGCUACGCGGCGGCUGGAAAGAUCCAAUCCAUUGGCUUCCAGAACAAGAAUAUGGGCGCCAACAUAGCGCUGGGUGAGGCAAUGGGAACCACGGCCAAGACCAUGGCAGAUAUGAACAAGGUGAUGCGACCCGAGGCGAUUGCGGGAACAGUGCGCGACUUCCAGGCGGCGAAUAUGAAGAUGGAAAUGACGGAUGAGAUGAUCAACGACACACUGGACGACAUGCUUAACGAGUCGGGUGACGAGGAAGAGUCAAAUGCGGUGGUGAACAAAGUCCUCGAUGAGAUCGGCAUUGAGGUCUCUGGAAAGAUGUCCAAUAUUCCAGCCACUGGCAGCGCAGACUUCGAGACGAGCGGCAAGCGCACUGAGAAGGACAUUGCCGACCAGCUGGCCAAGCUGCGAUCCUCCUAGACCACCAUUACAUUACACUGCAUCACUUUUUUGUAUAUUAUUGUGAACACGGCUGUUAUCCAUAGCCUCUAAGAAAAUAUAUUUAUGUAAAUCA